AUGGUACGGGUUGUUCUUGGAGCUCAUAACCUGAAUCAACCAGAUAACUUUGUUCAGGUAUCACCUAUCCAAGAAUCAUUCCAGCACCCAGGAUAUAACCCAAACACCUUUCAGAAUGACCUUCACCUGCUGAAGCUGAACACAUCAGCCAGUAUUACUCCCAGUGUAAAAACCAUUAACCUUCCUCGCGCUGACACAGAUGUAUUUCCCGGGACUGCUUGCUCUGUUGCUGGCUGGGGAUAUGUGUCAGAUUUUGGGACUUUACCCACAACUCUGAUGGAAACAGAUGUAAAUGUGAUCACUCGUGCAUCUUGUAAUGUGUCUUGGAAACAGAGCAUCUCUGACACCAUGAUCUGUACCGCAAGCCCUGGGCUGCGCAUCAAAGGUUUCUGCUCUGGCGACUCUGGAGGACCCCUUGUUUGUGAGAACCACAUUGAAGGAGUGGUUUCUUUCUCCGGAUUCCGCUGCGGCAAUCCAAUUACUCCUGAUGUUUACACUCGUGUUUCAUCCUUUCUGUCUUGGAUUAGAUCAGUAAUAAGAAGAUCCUGA